AUGGAUGCCAUGAAUGUCGUCGACGAUUCGUCACGUCAAUGGUGGGUUUCCGACGGCCGCUUCAGCCUUGUACGUCCGUUUUAUGGCCUGCGUAUCGCACCGAUUCUUCCCGAAGACUCUGGUGUCUAUCGUUGCCGUCUGGAGACCGAUCCACUCUUCGCUCUCACCAUGUCUACGGCUUCGGUUGAACUGGCCGUGAUGGGUAAGCUCACUAUUAUGCUCGUUGUCCCUCAAUAA